GUUGCUGCUGGGUACGUCUGGAACUGGUACUGCGCAUCCGUACAGAAGUUUUUUUUUUUUGCACUACGGUGGACGCGGAGCAGAUAACUUGCUAACACGCUUGGAGUCGGCGCCCGGCGACCGAGACGGCGACCGCAGCCAUGUCGGAGGAGAUCCCGUCGAUGUUCCGGCUGCUCUGCUCGCCGAUGAAGCUGGAGCGUGACCGGGCGCUGGACGUGCUGACGCGCCUGCUGCCGGCGCUGAGCCAGGCCGAGGUGGACCGCCUGCUGACAGAGGCCGCCGCCGGCCUGGACGACCAGGACGGCAGCUGGCACGCUCACCUCGGCUGCCUCGUCUGCAUCAGCACUGUCCUGGAAGUGCGUCAGACCCAGCUGCCCACAGACAUGCUGGCACAGAUCCUGCAGCUCUGUCCCAGUUACCUGGCCCAUGGGGAGGCCAGGGUGCGCGUUGCCACCGGGGAGCUGCUGGGCUGGCUGUGCCGCCUGCACGGUCAGGUGAUAUACCAGAGCGUGGAAGGGACGCUGGCCUCGCUGAUGAUGAGCAGUCUGCAGGCGGCCGAGGACGACCAGGACAAGUGGGAGACCAGCUCGACCACAUCCCGCGACUCGGCCGACGUGUUCGCCAACACCACCAGCUGGACGGUGCUGGAGACCUGCCUGCGCGCGCUGGAGCGACUCAUCGUUGCCUCGCGCCUACUGGUGACCCAGGACCUGCUGGACCUGGUGCUACCCACGCUGAGCCACAGGAACCGGUUCGUGCGCGAGGCCGGCUACGGCUGCAUCGCCGCCUUCCUGCCGCCGGAGAACCCGGGCCCGGAAAAUGACCGCGACUCCUGCGGGGCGUACGCGUUCGGCGACCAGCUGUCGGCGGCCGUGGCCCGGGGCCUGGACGACAACUGGAGCCAGGUGCGGAUGGCGGCGUCGGUGGCGGCGCGCCGCUUCCUAUGCGGCCUGACUCCGGAGGAGAGGGAGCGCCACCUGCCCUCCCUGCUGCCCCGCAUCUGCCUCAGCAGGUACUACGUGGCGGAAGGGGUGAAGAUCUACAACCAGCGCACCUGGGAGAUGAUCGCCGGACUGCGUGGCAAGGAUCUGGUGCAGAAGUACAUCAACGAUGUGGUGGCUUACUACCUGUCGGCGAGCGGCGCCGAGAACCACGCCGUGCGCGAGGCCGCCUGCUACUGCGUCAGCGAGCUGACGCGCAAGCUGCCGGCGGCGGCGCUGGCGCCACACGCGCUCUCCCUGCUCGAGGCGUUGCUGGUCUGCUUCGAAGACGACAGCUGGCCCGUCAGAGACACCGCCUGUCUGGCGGUGGGCAAGCUGCUGGCGGCGUUCCCCGAGCCGUGCCGGCCCUACCUGCCGCGGCUCUACCCGCUGCUGUUCGCGAACCUGCACGACAAUAUUCCGUCGGUGCGCCAGGGCGGCGCCGAAGCGCUGGCCUUGGCCGUCCGCGCGUACGGCGCCGAGGCCGUGGACAGGGUCAUGGACAGGGUGCGGCAGGAUCUGACAUCGGUCAGCCAGCAGCCCAACGAGUCGGAGCGCUACACCGAGAUGGAGGGCGUCGCCGCCACCUACGGCGUCGUGAAGCGGCAGCGCGAUAACGACAUGGAUCUCCACACCGACAAGCAGAUGUACUCGUGCGGCUCGCUGGCUCCCAAGCUGUCGGCGGGCGGCUGUUCGGCCAGCCACCACCUGCGGCGCCCGACGCAACCCUGGGAGGCGGCUGACGGCUCCGUACGGCUGGUGGCCGAACUGGCGGCGGUGGCCGGCUGCGGCGCCGCCGUCGCCGCCGCAUUGCCGCUGGUGGCGUCGGCCGCCGCCCACCGACACUACGCCCACCACGUGCACCUGGUGGAGACGGUGUGCCGCGCUCUGCCGCCGGUGGCCGCCGGACUUGGCAAGCGGCCCUUCAAGCAGCACCUGGAGCUGUUCCUCGACACGCUGCUGUAUGCCCUGACGUGCGAGAACCAGCUGACGGCCGAGGCGGCGCGCUGCUGCGCCGAGCAGCUGUCCGCCCUCCUCGGACCGGGCAUCUUCCGCGGACGCGUGGAGAACUUCAACCCCAGUUACGCAGCCACGCUGGACCGGUUCCUGCCGCCGCCGCGGCCAUGAGGACCGCCGCCGGCUGGAGCGGCAGCCGGGGGCGCGCCGCCGCCCCGCGGGACGCC